AUGUGCCCCUGCGCGCUGCACGGCGGGCCCCCCGCCGCUUGCCUCUGCAGCUCCGCCCGGCGCGGGGAGCGCUUCUCCGGGGCGCAGCUGGUGGCGGCCCGCCUGAAGCUGGUCGGGGAUGAGCUGCAGGAGCGGACCGCGUGGCGGAGGGCGAGCAGCAGGCGGGCUGCGGCCGGGAGAAGCCUGGCCACCUACCUGUGUCUGCUGUGCGCCGCCACGCAGGUGGCCGCGCUGGUCUGGCUGAUCCGCAAGAGGAGCUGGUAG